CGUGCAGCAGCACAACCACCCAACAGCAGUGGGUGGCAUACGCAACCAGGAUGAACAGACGGUUGAGGUGGCAAAGAAGUUCAUGCGUUUUUUCCGAGUCCUUAGGUCUCUGUGGUCCCCGAGGCCCAGGCACUUGGCCUGCUCCCCUGGCCGUGGAAGACGCGGGGGCUCCUGCUGUCCCCCCAGCUCCGUCUGCCGCGCUGCCUGCCGGCUGGGGUGGAGGCCACGCGGGACCAUCAGAGCCCUUUCCACCAUCUUAGAUCCUGACCUUCCCAUGAAACCUGCCCAGGAGGAGGGGGUGACGCCAAGAAGAGGGAGAAAAGCUGGAACUGGAGUAAAUGCUAGGACCUGCAGGUGUGGAGACCCUGAGGCCCGGCUGGGAGCCCAAGGUCGCAGGCAGGGUCCCAGCGAGGGCGGCUCAAGACGCCUUCCCUUGGCAUCCUUGUCAGCGCAGCUCAGGAACUGCCCAAGAGCACACAAGGCGGGUCCAAACCCGGACCUAAUGCAGGACGCAGCCCGCGGGGCACCCACAGGCCCUCCGCGAGGAGCGUGUGCCCCCCGGAAGGCUGUGCCGUGCUUGCCAGAACUGGAGAGGGUGCCUGGAGGCAGCUGCUUUCCUGCCUUUAGAAACGUGCUUGCACUUCCUGGAAAAUAUACAUUCUAUAUAUAUUUAUAUGUAAAAACAUAAAGCUACACACAUAUUCAGAUGUCUCCCUUGAAGCUGUGAUGCCCGCACGCUCACAUUCGCAUCUUACACAGAGAGCACUUGGCUUGCGGGUAGAGCUGCCUGUGUGCCAAGUCGGCAGCUGUGGGUUGUCUUGCCCCUUAGCUUUCAGAUCUGCCUGGCCCCGUGAUGCAGCAGGCUCCCCUGGGCUUUGAUGUCAGAAGAACUUGAGGUGCCCUGUCCCUCGCUCGGGUCCCCGCAGCCUGGAGCCUCAGCUCCUCCAUCUCUGCUUACCUGAUGCGAGAUGCAGAGUGCCCGCAGCGGCUCGGCGCCAACGGACAGAAACUCCUUUAAGCAGCUCCCGGCCUUGGAGGACCCGACAGAUCCACCUUUUUCCAUUUUACACUCAAUGUGCAAGUAUACUGAACAUGAAUCGUAUUCAUUUAUCACCCAAGUGAGAAAACAUGGAUCUUUUAAAAACCUACCAAAUGUAAACUUUUCCUAAGACCUUAUCUAUACAAAGAAGUAACUACUAGUUGGACUGAUCUUUCAAGACCUUUAUGAUUACUUAGUUCCUGAAAUGUUUUAUUUUUUAUUAAAAUAACAUGUGUUGCACAAAAUCCAGAAGAAAAUAUCAAAGUGAAAGAAGAAAUUUUUUAAAUUAUCCAUAACCCUGUCAGGUAGAGUGAUAACAACUAUGAAUAUUUUGGUGUUUUUCAUUCAUUUUGUGUGGAUACACGUAUAUAUAAAUAAAUACGUGCCAAUGUGGAA